UGCCGUUGUCUAGGUAGUCGACGGUGUGAUGGCGGCGCCGCCGGAGAAGACUAGAUAUUUACAUCAGGAUGCUUUUAAGCGUUUCAGUUCUGGAAAUAGGUCCCUGAAGUGCCUGUCGGAGUACAUGGAGGACAGGGCUCGGCUUGAGAUGAACUACUCGGUCGCUCUGGAACAACUAGCAGCCAGGUGGAACAGGAAACUCGCCGACACAUUAGACUUCGAGUACCACGAGUUCCGCACCGUGUUAAGAGAGAUAUUCAAUGAACCGACGGACAAGGCGCCGCUACACAACAAAGUUGCCAACAGGAUCUUGAACGAGGCGACCAUGUUGAAAAAGCACUACAAAGACACCUUUAAACGCGAGGCCCAGUCCGCGACAAUGGCGAAGUAUGCCGAGGCUAUGGAGAAACAACUGAAGCUUGAGGAGCGAGUUCGGAAAGCUAAAAAGAGAUAUCAUCGGAAGAAAAGCGCUCUGGAGCACGUGCAGAAGUCCAUAUCGGAAUUCCCGUUCCGGAGUGACUCGUCUCCGAAGUACCAGGACUUAGAGGAGAAGCGUGCGGAGCUGUCCCGCCAGGCUACCGACACCUAUCUCCGGUACGAGAGUCGUCUCCGAGUAGACAUCAUGAACAGACAGGAGUUCAUUCGCGACAUGAGGGAGUGCGAGGCUGCCUAUAACGACCACGAGCUGCAGCGUCUGCUGGCUGUGUGUGACAGGGUCCAAGACAUGCUGAAGGAUCUGGCAAUGUUGGAUGGGAGCGAGAGGGACCCGAGCAGGGAGAGACUUGCCAAGCUGCAGACUAUGGUGCAGGAGUUUUCAGUCACGGACGCGGUCAACAAGUACAGCAAUCUGUUUGCAAAGGAACACACGUUCCAUAAGUUCGAGGACUACCGGACACACGGCCAGGAGGACAACAAGGACAGUCAGGCCACAGUGGACGACAACAGUGAUGUGGACCUGGACGCACCGGACAGCAGGGAGUUAGUCUUGCCCACUACUCGGACUGAGAGAGACUCGGAUACCCACAUGGACCGUCCCGCGACAUCCCCGACCCCCGUAAUAGCCUGGGAACCCCCAGGAUCGGACGAGGGGUCCGAGGAGGAGGCCAGAGGACCCCGGCGUCACGAGGACACUGACAGGGAGGCGCUAACGGCGAGCACAGUCGACGUCACUAGGCUAAGUGACGUCAGAGUUGUGGCCAUCCGCGCUCACUGGUCCCGGCAGUCAACACACCUGUCCUAUGACGUUGGUCAGGUCAUCAAGCAGAAGCUCCCAGCCAACGAGGAUGGAAUGGCCUACGGUUGGAUCCGGCCCAAAAACUACAGCAAGCGUCGCUAUGGAUCCUAUCCUGCAGACUCCGUCAGACUCAUGGCCCAGAAACACAAGAAGCAGCAGUAACAUGUCUUACAGAGUAUUGUUCAUAAACGAAGGUUCCUCAUAGUCAAAUGGGGCAAUUCAACCAACAUUUCUAGAGUUGGAAUAAACUGAUAUAUUUUCUAUGAUAGUAAAUUUUCUAUGAUAGUUAAACAGCUGGUUAAACUGAUGUACAUACUGUUUGUUGUAUCCAUAUCUUGUAACUAUUGUAUUAUUUGGUGUACCUGGAUAGCAGCAAUAUAUUUUAUAAGGAUGUUAUUUUCUCUAAAAAGUUUACAACUCACCUCACUAUGUCCCUGAUGUGUUCAUUACUGUCUUAUAUCAUGUGCAAUACCUUAUAUCACCUUCCUGAUUACCUGGAUUGUGUUCAAAUAGUGCUUGGAAUUUGUGUCCACAUCAAUAAACAUGAUUACAUUGUUCUGUUUAAUUACAUAUAACACAAUUCCCUAUCAGUAUUCUCCGGGUAAUUAUGUGUUAUGAUUGGUCUUCAGCAACUUAUGCUGGAUUUGGUUGAUACAGAAUCAUCAUAUCACUAAAACCAUUAUCACGGGAUUGUAUGGGUCAAACUUUACCACUGUCAAACUACUUGGGAGAUACACGAUGCAUGCACACACAACCACUUCUGUUACAGUCUUACGGUGUUCUUUCAAACAUAUAUCACCAAACAACAUUAGAACGUUGGAGAAAAAGAUGAAAACUAUUUGGAAAACAAACUUUUAUUGUCAACAGACAUAAAUAUAUAGACACAGUAUGUACAGGCGUUUGAAAAUAAAUACAUAUACAAGUAUGUAAACAGGGCAUGUAGUUGAUCAGUUUGUAG